CGAAAAGGCGAACAGUUCGAAAGACUCGCGGAGUCGCUGUGCUUAGCUGUGCUUCGACUUCGCCGUUGGCACUUCUUCAAUUAGCCCUUAGUUAUGCAUAGUAGAAAGACAGAGGAAGGGACUUUUGGCCAUGUCACUGUAUAGCUCGUCAGCACCACUCACUCAGCCCGUCUCGGGAGCCUCAUCUUCAUCGUGGGGUCCUUACACCGGGUUCCACUUUGAUGCUGACACCGACUCGCCCUAUGUUCCCGUCCAAGAUGACUCGGACACCUCUGAUUUCGACGAAGAGGGGCUUAGCGUCGCUCAAGACACGGACAGAGAGGGCAUGAUGGAAGGGGUGCAGUUCGGGACGGGAUACAAUUCCGGAUAUUCGACUCCGUCUCGCAGUGGUUAUGGAGAUGCAACUCCGGUACCGUCGCCGUCACUUGGACCGGCAAGUCCACGGAUGCUCGCAAGUCGCUUGAGUGAGAAUUCUGAGCUGGCACACAUCCCACUCCACGUGCGCGAGGCAAUCCGGCACAAGUACAUCACUCGGCAUCCUCAGACAUGGCUGAACGAUUUGCGCGCCGUCGUGAUGGGUGUGGCAAACUCUGCGUUUGACGAUACGGCGCGGAUAGCAAUUGGCGAACCUUUCGAGGACGAGAAGUUUCAAGCGCUGUUGCAGAGGCGUGGAAUGUGGCCCACAGUUUAUGAGAGGGUCCCGCUUUGUGCACGGUAUACGGAGGCGCCUGAUGAGGAGUGGGAGGACCUUGGACCUGAAGGCGAGGUGAAUCUGAACUGGCCUGCGCCAGAGCUGGCAGGGGACGGAGCAGGGAACAGCGAGAUUGUAGAGAACGAGGCUGCGGAGAGCUUACGCGUGGAACUAGGAGUCCUUGCUAAGCAAGUCUGGACAAGCGAGCGCAUCUUGAGGGAGGAAAUCUCGGAGCCUCAGGAUGAAAGCCGGUUACCAAGCAGCUAUAGCUUUUACCACCAACCAACCGCUGUUGAGAAAAGGGCCAUGGUCAACGAAGCACAUGCGACUGUCGACCGCUUGCUUCAUGCCAUACAAAGCAUACGACACAACAGCCUGCCGGACGGGAAGCUGGUAACCAAAGCACAUCGUAAGGCCCGUAGGGAUCGAAUCCCCGGCUCCCAACUCAGUGGGCUUCUCAUGGACUGGGAGUCGAUGUUGAAUGCCGCACGGUUAGCAGGAGUACCGAACAGCGUGUUGAGCUCCGCAAGGGCGAGGUUGCAAAUAUUGCUACCGACCAGUCAGCGCAGAAUGGAUGAUCCCCUGGAACGACAUCAAAGACAUGCGGCGGAACCUUUGCCAAAGCCACGCGUUGGAACGAAGGGCCGAGGCGGAGGUGGACCCAGACUUACACCCGUACAAGAGAAGGGGAGCCUUGAAGGGACUGGCAAGGCGACUGAUGCAGGCAUUGGGAAGACCGGACUAGACACCAAGGCGGCUAACCACGCUGCGAAAGGCGAUGCUGAAGGGUGGGCAACGGAAGAUGAGGGAGAGGCAGAGGGGACCGCUGCCGGCAUUUCUCAGGAUCAAGAUAUGGCCAAUCCAGCAGGCGCUAAGCCGACGUCAACUCCGAACCCACAAACGCCUCCUCGUCGAUCGAAACGCAGGAGGGAUUCCGAGGCGAUGGAAAUUGACGAUCAAGAGGGACAUGUAGAAAGUGGUGGGGCUGGAGGCGCGAGGCGGCGGAAACGAGUUCGGGCGGCGUGAUCAUUUCAGCUGGCAUUUGAACGUGACGAUAUCAUGAGCCUAAAUGGAUGCGAGGCAUCAGCGAAUUGAGGAUGGCAGCGAGCGGGCGUACCAUAUUUUACAUCAUAUAUAUCUGCAAUAUCAUCUUAUUUUUGGUACCGUUG